AUGCGCGCUUUUGUGAAUCGGAGACUUCCUCUGCGCGCUCCCCAUUGGUCGACAUCGCCGCAGUGUGCCCGGCCCUCCGGCACGUCGUCAGCGGGUCUCGGCGCCGACGUUCUCCGUCCCUGGCCGGCCGCCGCCGACGACCGCCGACGACCGCCGACGACCACCUCUCGCCGGGCGGCACCUGCGGCGCGUCCCGGACCGGGACACGGAGACCGGGACUUGCGAGGGAGGAUUUUCCGUGUUGCUUUCGGGGAGGAGCCCUUGGCGAGCCCGCCGCCCGGCCCGGCCUCCCUCUUGGCGUCUCCGAAGGCCCGCAUUUACGGCAACGGUUCUUGCACGGAGCAGGAGACCGUCGCCGCCGAUGAAGACGCCCAAGCAGCAGACCGGGGGGCGCUCGGCUUCCUCGACUUCUUCAGCCGGAAGCCCAAAUCGGAAGCGCCGCCCGAAAAGCCCGACGAGGCCCGGCCCAAAGAGGAGGCGGCCGUCGGGCGACGCGACUCAGCAAAGUUGGGUCAGGAGGUUCUUGCCUGGGGUUGGAAAGUCGGGAGCAAGGUCUUCAGGCGGAGCUCGAGGGCAGAGUUUGGGGUUUCAGACGAGGGUCAAGGUUUCAAGGCUGGCUCGGAGACGGCAGAAGCGCCCGCGCAACGGAGGCCUUCCGGGGCGGCGAGAGAAGACGGCGGCGGCGGCGGCGACGUCCCGGCUGCGUCUCCUCCCGCGGACGAGCACCCGGAGGAGUGCCCUCUGUGCCUGCUGAGACAGCCGCGAUGCCGCUUCCCCAGACUGCUGACGUGCCCGCACCGGACCUGCGGCGACUGCCUGCGGCGGUACCUGCGCGUGGAGAUUUCCGAGAGCCGCGUGGGCAUCGCCUGCCCGCAGUGUCCCGAGGCGCUGGCCCCCCCGGACGUGCGCGCCAUCCUGGACGACCCGGCGCUGCUGGAGAGGUUCGAGGAGUACCACCUGCGGCGCUUCCUGGCCGCCGACCCGGACACGCGAUGGUGUCCCGCGCCGGAUUGCGGCUACGCGGUGAUCGCUUACGGCUGCGCCGAGUGCCCCAAGCUGCGGUGCGGCCGCGGCGGCUGCGACACGGACUUCUGCUACCACUGCCGGCAGCUGUGGCACCCCGACCAGACCUGCAACCGGGCGCGGCGCCAGCGCGCCCGCCACGCGCUGGACGGCAAGGACUCGCUCUCCGUCUUGAAUGAAGAUCCCGGAGGAGACGGGGAGGAGAUCAAGCCGUGCCCUCGCUGCGGCGCCCGCAUCAUGAAGACCAACGACGGCAGCUGCAACCGCAUGAACUGCACGGUGUGCGCGUGCCAGUUCUGCUGGCUGUGCAUGCAAGAGAUCACCGACGUGCACUACCUCAGUCCCUCAGGGUGUACGUUCUGGGGCAAGAAACCGUGGUCGCGGAGCCGCAAAGUUCUGUGGCAGGUUGGCAUGUUGCUGGGCGCCCCCGUGGUCAUCUCGCUCAUCGCCGGCCUCGCCGUCCCCGUCGUCAUCGUGGGCAUCCCCAUCUACAUGGGCCGCAAGGUCCACGGUCGUUGCAGGAAGAACAACGUCUCAGGGAGCAAGCACUACUUGACGGUGGCGAGCGGCGUGAUGAUGUCGGUCUUCGUGUCGCCCGUCAUAGCGGCCGUCGCCGUCGGUGUGGGCGUGCCGCUCAUGCUGACGUACGUCUACGGGGUGGUGCCCGUGUCGCUGUGCCGCAACGGUUGGUGCCGCCCGCCCGCCGACGCUCCCGACGCGCUGGAGGACUUGGCCAGCUAUCUUUUGUUCUCGCACGUGGUGAGCGACCACUGGCGGGCUCAGGCCGACUCCGGCGCGCAGGAAGCGGGGACCCCCCCCCCGGCCCCACCGCCCCUCGCCUUGGCCCUCCCCGGCACCAGUGCCGAGGGGGCGGAGCGCGGCGGCGCCUCCAGGGACGGGGGCAACGUGGAAGUGCGCGUGGAAAUCGAGAGACGGCCGCGAGGCCUCGCCAGCGUCCCGUCCAGCCGCAGCUCGUCGGCCGAGUCGCUGGGACCCCCCGUUUGAUGGCGAUGGACUUCCGCUUCCCUCCCACCAGAUGCCUUUUAAGCCCGCCCCAGACCCGACGCGGCGGGGGUGCGCAAACCCCGGGCCCCGGGGCCACGCGCCGUCCGCUCUCUUGUGACUAAAGCGGCCCGCCCGCCGAGCGUUUACAUUCGAAAACGUUUAGCCAUUGUCCUCCCUCGUCUUUGCUCAAUUCAUUUCGUACGUACGGAUGGCGACUCGCUCGAUAAUUUCUUCAAUCGUCGAUUGCAAACAAUACGAGACAAACGUAAGUCGUAUAAACAAUUUGAGACACAUUUGACGUUGUCCACUGACUGGCGAGCGGUUCGGGGCGCGGCCCGAGUCUGCCGGGAUUGGCCCCAACCGAGGUGAGCGGUUUAGAAAGCGAAUGGCCCGGUUUCAACAAAAAAAAAAGUCACCAAAACGGCGGCGGAUCAAGUUCCUCUCUCCGCCCUCGGACGCCGACAGGGCUGACGGCUCGCCCCGCUUGGCUGCCAACUGUCCGUCAAACCUGGAAAAAAAUCAUCUUUCUUCCGCUUACACGCACUUAAGUGCUCGUUUGAGCCGCAAAACUGUUUUCACUUGAAGGUGAAUUGAAUUUUUUUCCUUGAGUAGUUAGUUUAGUUUUUUUUUUUUUUUUUUUUACGCUUUCCCGCCACAAGCCGGCAAGUUGCCGCACAGUCCUCAAUCUUUACAUCUUCUAACACCUCGAAAAUAUUUAGAAACAAAUCCCCGAAUUCACUUCACGUGCUCUUAAAAGAAUUGGUUCCGAGAUGGCAAUUCGUCAAUCAUCCAAGCCGCUUAUCCUCACAGGGGUCACGGGAAGCUAGCUUCAGGCAAAAGGCCGACUACACCCUAACCGGUCGCCAGUCACCCUCGCCGAGGGGGAAUCGAUCCCACGCCAAAGUCGAACGUCUGGACCGCUACACCAGAUAUUCGGGCGAAAGUAUUGGGACAUAGCAAAAGAGAAGUUCAGAGGCAACGUCCCGCCGUAAAUGGCGAAAAUCCCGUCGGCCUAGCAGGCCUCUCUUCUCACAGAAACUCCUCAACUCAUUUCAACAUAGUUCCCUGGCCAGAUGGUGCCAAAGCAAUCAUCUUCCUGCAAUGGUUUUGUUGCUUUGACCUCAGCAUAACGACAGAGGAUAAAUGUUGCAAGUAUACUUGGGGACGCGCUACAUCAUCAAAAUCGAUGAAAAACUAAAACAGCUGCACAGUUUACGGCGUCGGCCGGAUUGGAUCCCACACAAGAACCGCACAAAAGCCACAGAGCCCAGAAACGGCAGCGCUUUCUUCAGGCAACGACAGGCUCCCGACCGGCAAAGCAAAGACUUGUCCGAGGCGCGUCUGUCUCGAGUCUUCCAGCUCAUCGGGGGUCCGCGCGUGACGCCCCCCCCCCCCCCCCCAACCCUCAAUGUAGCGGCGGCGGCGAGCGAGCGGGAUCGUCGUAAUUGACCUCGGAAAGAAGAAGCUGACAAAAAUGAUGGCUAUGCUCGGUGACUUCGCUCUGUGGCGGUUCCGGCACGUUACGCUCCAUGCUUGUGCGUCCGUUAACUGCAAGGAACGUUUACACUUAUUUCCGUAAUAAUGAAGAAAAUGGGCGCGUGUUCACGUGUGGGCGGCGAACGCUUUGCCGUUCACGCCGUACGUCGCAUUCGAACGGAGGCCCAAAAGCUUCAAGCUCGCUUACGUCGGAACCGAACACCCUUCGCCACGCAAUUUCCGGCGGGUCGCCUUUUUUUUUUUUUUGCGAGACGAGUCCUCCAUCUUGUCGACGCGUGAACCGAACGGCCGCAAAGUCCCGCGGCCCCUUCGCCUUCUUGCCGACGGGUUACGAGUCGCCUUCACGGUGGCAAAAGUUUGGAAAUGGUGGUUUUUCUUGGGUCUCACUAAAACCCGCCAUCUCACUAGGGGUGUGUAGACUUUUUCUAUCACUUCCAUGUCUAAAUCUAAUAGGAAAAUAGAAUUCAAAAUGCAACUGCAAUGAACAAAAUAGCUGAUUAAAAAUGCAACAUCCUCUAUAUACACACACAUAUAGCGGAAGAUGUAGCUGAUGAAGACAAAACAAUUUUUAAAAAUCCAUAUAUUGGUUAUCAAAUAUAGGCAAUCACUGCAACUUUUUUGUUUUUGCUGAACGACUGAACGAAAAAUCUGUCCCUCCCUGUACUGUAGUCCACAAUUAGAAACCCCGCUGCAGUAACUUGUUAUGAACGCUCGAGGGCGCCAACACGCAGAACACGACGACGAAGGUUCCACGGACCUUGGUAGCUUUUCUAGUCUUGCACUUGAAUUGUUCACGAAAUAAAUAAAGCUGUGGCCUGUAAUAAAAGUAUGACUCAUUGUCAUGUUAUAAAUCUGUGUAUGGAAAUAGAUCUUCGACUUGAUUGGAUUGGCGACACGCCCACCACCCCGGAAACAAGCCGGCAAGGCGUCGCGGCCACUCGGCUUCAACUGGAACGGGGCGCCUGGUUCGUAGGCUCCGUCCUCCUCCGUCGUCCUCCACCCAGAAGGCGUCCGGCGCUGAAAAACGCCGGCAGGGCCAUCAUCAAGAGCCCCGGCGUCCCGCGCCACAGGCACCGAAGUAAGCGAGCGAGAUUUGAGUGAAAAAGGCGUCAAAUGGCGGCGCGACUUGACGAGCUUUGAUGCCGAAUUGACUUCAUUUGCAGCCAAAUGAGCACGUGGUCAUUGGAAACGUAUCGACGAUCGAUUGGUACUUCCUGAACCUUGGUGGCGGCCGCUUCGCGUCUUUCAACCUUCCGAACCGUCGUUAUUGCGUCCGUUUUGAUCAAAUAUUGCCACGGUGAGAUGAACAAAGGCGUAAAAAUGCUCGUUCACUUCAAAAGUCAUACACUUCAUAAAGAAUUGAUUUGUUUUGCACGCGCGGGAAAAGCAACAGUUUUUUCCCCAUCAAGUUAUUCAAAUUUUAGACUCUACGUAAUUUUAAUUGCGCAACCAAUGUGCAUGAACGUUACAUUCAAGUGCUUUUUUUUAAUGGCCAUAAUACUGUACAAAAUGAUGGUUUUGAUGUUGAGGAAUUAGUGUGCUUCCCGGUUCCAAAUUUGUUGCCCAAGAUUGACCCAAAACAACACUGUACCAAACGACGAGCCGGAAAUACGCCAAUUGUGGAAUUGGUUCCGCGUGAAAACAAUUUGGGGGACAAAGUUGUUCAAUACCGAUGGUCCGUUUUGAUCCACCGUGCGGCGGAGCCUCCUCGGGAGGACGCAAAGCGCCGCCCAGGCACAAAAAAAAAAAAAAAAAAAAAGGCGUCCUCCCAGCGAGCGCGCGCAGGUCAAUGACGUCGCUGCCUAAAAAUAACUUUGCAGCCAGUAACGAUGAGCUUGCGUUGCAGGAAAGGAACACGUAAAACAUGUUGGACAAGUCGUGUCCAAAAGGAUUUGGAGCCCCGCGUCAUUUAUGUUCGGGGUCCAUCGGGGAUGUCACCAAAGUGGAUUUCAAUUAUUCUUUCUGCCAUUUUCAGGAAGCUUAUUAAUAUUCUCCAUUUUCCUGAAGGCAAAUUUGUAAACCAAUCCGGUUAACGUGUACAAGAUGGAAGCCUGCUGCUGGAAUAACAGAAAAAAAAAUAUUGGACCCGUGACAAAAUAUCAGCACCCCUCCCCCCACACACACACAAAAAAAUAAAAAAACCGGGGCCCAAGAUGGAAGAAUUACUAUUAUUAUUAUUAUUAUAUAUGAUUUACACAGAUAUUCGACAGGAAGUUUCAAAAUAUUACACAAGUUCAGGGGGCGAAAAAAACAAUUUUAAACAUUUUAGCACAAAUAUGAGAAGGUCAAGUUACAGGAAAAGAGUACAACAAAAGAUAAAUAUUAAACGCUUUCCAAAACAUUAAAAAUACAAACCCCUUAGAUUCAAAAGUACAUCAGCAAAGUUAUUUUUCCGACCAAUUUUGAUGUUUACAUAGAGCGGCCCCAGGAGGGAGCCUUGUGGAACGCCACUGUUCUACUGGCAAGCGUCAUGUGGAAAUAUGUGAAGCGAGUUUGAAGCCCCGUGAAGGCAAACAAAACUGCAAGCGACGCAGACGUUGAGCGCUAAAACUAAACCAAAGGGCCGCCUCAAAUCUGAAAUAUUUCAUUGGAACGUCGGCAUCACCGACAGACCGCAGACGUCCUUUGCGGGGAUAAAAGUGGCUCGCUCCGCCUCCUGCCCGUUGACAGCCGGGACCCUCGUGAGGAUAAGCGGCUAAGAAGACGGAUGAUUUGGUACGGCUUUUUCGGCCGAUCGCUCCGUAAACUCCGCCUUCGGCCAAUAUUUGAGGGGCGGAUCCUCGGCCGGCGUUUCGAGACUCGCCGUUUGCCUGAUGACAGGGAGGCCU